CGAGCGCGGGAUUCAUCUCUUGCAUGUCAGAAGGUGGCGGUAACGUAAAUUGCUUGCCAACCGCCAAUAAAGAAGAAGAAGAAGAAGAAGAAGAGACAGAAGAGAAGCAGAAAAGGGAUAGACGAAGAAGAAGAGAUGGCUACGACGGAGGCUCGACCCAAUCACACAAUUUACAUCAACAACUUGAACGAAAAAAUCAAGAAAGAUGAGUUGAAGAAAUCGUUGUACGCCAUCUUCUCACAGUUUGGCCAGAUUUUGGAUAUCUUGGUGGCACGUACCUUAAAAAUGAAAGGCCAGGCUUUUGUCAUCUUUAAAGAGGUUAACAGCGCCUCCCACGCCCUCAGGUCCCUGCAUGGAUUCCCAUUUUAUGAUAAACCGAUGCGUAUCCAGUAUGCCAAUCAGGAUUCAGAUAUCAUUGCCAAAAUGAAAGGGACUUAUGUGGAGCGUGAUCGCAAAAAGGAAAAGAAGAAGCCAGUGAAACCCGAGUCAAGUGGCAACAAGAAGUCUGCUUCCUCUGGAGGCAUGGCUGGAAUGCCUGCAAUCAACCAGGCCCGCAUGAUGCAUAUGCCUGGACAGCAAGCCUACAUGCCCCCGCCGGGCAUGAUGCCACCUCCCGGGAUGCCUCCAGGCGCAAUGGGUUCUGGUCAGAUGAUGUCCGGCCAGAUGGCGCAGCAGGUUUCGGAAAAUCCUCCCAAUCACAUCCUCUUCCUCACCAACUUGCCCGAGGAGACCAACGAACUCAUGCUGUCCAUGCUCUUCAACCAAUUUCCAGGAUUCAAAGAAGUGCGUCUGGUCCCCGGUCGCCACGACAUUGCCUUUGUGGAGUUUGACAACGAAGUGCAGGCGGGCGCCGCACGAGAAUCACUGCAAGGCUUUAAGAUCACCCAAAGCAACGCUAUGAAGAUCUCGUUUGCCAAGAAAUAACAGGCAGGAUGAGACCGGCCUCUUUGACACACUCUCACACAGGCCCGAAACUCAGAAUUUUUUUUAAAUAUACAGUCACAAAAAAAAAAUUAGACCAUCUUUGUUUCUUGAUCCAUUUUAAUGCCCGCUACAACUAAAGGGACAUUUGUUUGGACAGAUAUAAUAACAAGAAUGGCUCAUAAUGGUUUGAGCUAGCAGUUUUCUUGAUAAUCAAAAUCACUUAAGUUCUUAUAUCAGUAGAUAGCAUUGUACUGCUGAAAAACUUUAUUAUUUGUCCAAAUAAAGAUAUAUUUAGUUGUGCCAGGCAUUAAAAUAAACAAGAAACUGGGUGCUCUAAUAAUUUUUUCCAUGACUGCAUAUAUUUACUGGUUAUGUUCUGGGAUUACAUGGUGUAGUUUCAAAUUCUCUACAAUUCCUGCAUUGCUGCUCUUAUGUUUUGUUUUUUUAGCGUUGAGUUUUUUUGUUCUAAAGCAUUGCACCCAGUGUCUGGCCUGUCAGACAUUGUACCUGGAGCUGUUCAUUUUACAAUUAAAACGUUCUCAGAAAAGA